GGACAACGCCUUCCGGGCCUUGUGACGCAGCUGCGCGCGGGGGAGGGGAGCGACCGCCGCUAGCCCAGCCCGCCCUCUUCCGCUGCGGCCUGGGAAUGGAAACAUCUGCCCCACGUGCCGGAAGCCAGCUUGUGGCGACAACAGCGCGCCACUCAGGGUCCUACUGCGCCGCGGCCCUGCGGGUGUCAUCGCGAGACGAGCUCGCCGAAAUGGCUGCGUCCAGUCAAGGCAACUUUGAGGGAAAUUUUGAGUCACUGGACCUUGCAGAAUUUACUAAAAGGCAACCGUGGUGGCGCAAGCUGUUUGGGCAGGAAUCUGGGCCCUCAGCCGAAAAGUACAGUGUGGCAACGCAGCUGUUAAUUGGAGGUGUCACUGGAUGGUGCACAGGUUUCAUAUUCCAGAAGGUUGGAAAGUUGGCUGCAACAGCUGUGGGAGGUGGAUUCUUUCUCCUUCAGCUUGCAAACCAUACUGGGUACAUCAAGGUGGACUGGCAGCGAGUAGAGAAGGACAUGAAGAAAGCCAAGGAACAGCUUAAGAUCCGGAAGAGCAGCCAGAUACCCACGGAGGUCAAAAGCAAAGCAGAGGAGGUUGUGUCAUUUGUGAAGAAGAAUGUUCUAGUGACUGGUGGGUUUUUCGGAGGCUUUCUGCUUGGCAUGGCAUCCUAAGGAGAAUGACUGCACUUCCAUUAUUCCUGGUUUUUCCAACCAGCAGCCUCUUUACUCCAUCAUAGGACACCGAGUCUUUCCUCCAGUUCUCCUGUGCCUUCCUCCCAGCUUCUAUAGGCAUCUGUUGGUACAAGUUGAUAGGGCCCCACUGUGAGCUUGAUGGCAGUGGAAGAGACAGCCCACGUUAGUUUUUUCUCUCACCGUACUCCCCACCUGACUAAUUGUAGGACAGCAAGAAUGUUCCUUUCCCCCAUACAAGAUGUUACCAGAACAUGGUGCAAUAUGGCUCACCUUAGAGGAUGAGCAGAUCCUCAAAGGUUGUCCAAAACUUGAUUUGGAAAAGAAAGAAGCAUAGAUACCUUAUGUGCUGCAUGGAAAGGAACUGAAUACAUUUGCCUUUAAGCACGAAAGAUUUUGGCAUCUUGGUGUCUACUUUCAUUUUUAGUUGGUUUUAGAUUAUACAAUACUAUUUAUACCUGCUAUAAUUAUUCUGACAGAAAUGGCAGCAUAAGCACUGUAAUUGAAAUAUCUGAAUAUGGGAUGAACUUGUGAUCACAGUAUAUGUACUGAGCUGAAGGUAUUGUGUUUGGUGGGAAGGUCUUGAGGGAAACCAACCAAUAGAUUCAUCAUUGGAUGGUCAAAAUUAGUGAAUCAUUUAGAGCCAUUAAGAUGAUCCAGGAAUGUUUUCUGCCAUACGGGAUAAUGCAACUCAUGGCUGUUUUCCAAAGGGUUUAUUUAUGGCAAAACAAGUGACUAUAGUUGAGAGAGGGAAGAAUUUCUUGGAUUUGUAUUUCACAGAAAAGGUUUUGAGCUUUGAAAUAUGAAGUAUUCUUUGCAAAACAUUAGGGGUAACCGUAGCUCUGCUGUGCCAAUUCCAUUAUUUCUUUAUCCAGUUAGCAUGAAACAUGUAACAGUUUGAACCAGAAUUUUAAAAAGGUAGCAUUCUUGGCAUUCAGAGUUGAGAACAGUAGCAGUAGCAUGUGUGGAAUAAAUUAUUUCCAUUAUCAAAUGUAAUCUCCUGUCUCACAGUGACCCCAACUCUUAGAAUUAUUUUUUAAAAUAAAAGUUUAUAGACGUACAUA